AUGAUUACUCCGCAUAAAUGUUUGAAAAAACUUGAGUGGUUGAUUGGUCAUUGGAAAUCAGAAAAAGCUGUUAUAAAAGGUUGUGGAAACAAAACAUUUUCUUAUUUAUCCGAAUUUAAAUGUGAAACGGUUGGUCAACCAAAUUUAAUUUUUCAUAUCAAUGGUUUUAACGUUCAACCACUGGAUGCUAGUGAUACUGAUACAUCUACAACAUUACAGUGGCCAAAUGAAUUAAAGCCGUUUCAUCGUGAAAUGGGCUUUCUACGAGUGAAUCCGCAAGAUGAAAAUGAUAUGAGAUUAUCGUACUUAAAUUCACAAAACGUUGGUAUUACAUGUACGGAAGAAGGAGAAAUUGAUUCGUCUAAGAAAAAAUUUACGCUCGAAACAAAAACUAUUGAACGUUCGUGUUUUGCUAAAGAGCCACGAGUUGUUAAAUUGAAACGUGAAUAUUUAUUAAAUGAAAAUGAUAAUAACGUAUUAAAUGUGACUGUUCACAUGAAAACAAGCAAAAUGAACGAUAAUGAUGAACCCUAUGAGCAUUUAGUGAUUAAAUAUCGAAAAACGUCAGAUUGA